AUGGAGAUAGCCGCCACGACCACUGUCACUGUCGCGCCGCAAACUCGCCGAUUGUCACAUGCCUUCUCCAAGAAUCUUGGAUUGGUAUCUUCUCUCCGGUUCGAUCUUUCCGGCAGAAACUUCUCCGUCGCUAAUCCAAGUCUUCGCCUUCCCGUGUCAACGGCCUCCAUGAGCGCCUUCGCCGCCGAGAAAAUCUCGCCGGAAAGUUACUUAGACAAUAGAGAAAGCAGGGUUCUUCAUUUUGUCAAGUAUCAUGGUCUUGGAAACGAUUUCAUUUUGGUAGAUAAUAGGGAUUCAUCGGAACCUAAGAUUACUCAAGAGCAAGCUGUGAAGUUGUGUGAUCGGAACUUCGGUGUUGGUGCCGAUGGUGUCAUCUUUGCGAUGCCAGCAUUAAUGGCACUGAUUACACCAUGCGUAUAUUCAACUCAGAUGAUGUGUGGAAAUGGAGUUCGAUGCUUUGCUAGAUUCAUUGCUGAGAUUGAGAAUCUACAGGGAAAGCAUAGUUUUACAAUACAUACGGGUGCUGGCUUGAUUAUUCCUGAAAUUCAAGAUGAUGGGCAGGUGAAGGUUGAUAUGGGUGAACCGAUCCUUAGAGCCGAGGAUGUGCCUACAAGAUUGCCAGGAAACAAAGGUGAGUCUGUUGUUACGGGGGAGUUAGUAGUUGAUGGAGUAAGCUGGAAUGUAACGUGUGUAAGCAUGGGAAAUCCUCAUUGUAUCACAUUUGGCACUAAGGACGGUCAGAAUCUGAGAGUUGAUGAUUUGAACUUGCAAGAGAUUGGUCCUAAGUUUGAGCACCAUGAGAUGUUCCCAGCUCGAACUAACACAGAAUUCGUGGAAGUCUUGUCACGUUCACAUUUAAAAAUGCGUGUCUGGGAGCGCGGAGCAGGAGCAACUUUGGCCUGUGGAACAGGAGCUUGUGCUUUGGUUGUUGCAGCAGUCCUUGAAGGUCGAACAGACAGAAAAUGCACGGUGGAUCUACCGGGUGGACCUUUGGAGAUAGAGUGGAAAGAGGAAGAUAACCAUAUUUACAUGACGGGUCCUGCGGAUUUGGUGUUCUACGGAUCAGCGAUGCUCGAAUGA